AUGGAUAUUUUGGCAAACUCUCAAUGCAUUGAGGUGUUUUUUUCUUGGCUGAAAAUUUUAGUUUUUCUUAUCAGUUUUGGGGAUUAUAAGGUUAGAGAAAUGCUUGGUCGAUCGUCGAUUUUGCUAUCUCGGAAUGGAACUUUUAUGCCUGAACAUCUGGGUCAAAAUGCACUAGCAAUGAUAGGGAAUCUCUGUUUCACAUUCUUUGUUAUUGGGGUUUUGAUCUUCACUAUAAUUGCUGCGACUUACGAGCCCGAAGACCCAUUGUUUCACCCUUCAACGAAAAUUACGACAUUCCUCACAUCCAAUUCGAAUGCCACCUUUAAAUCUGACGACUCUGUAGUCAAGACUGUUGUGGGAGCUGAAAUUGAGGAGUCAAAUGUUGCUGAGACCCAAGAUUGUAGUGGGAAAGUUGAUGAACCCAUUAAUUGUCGGGAUCCCGAAGUGUUUCAUUUGUUAAUGAGAGCAGCUAUCGAGAAGUUUAAGGACAUGCACUUUUACCGGUUUGGGAAGCCGGUUAGUGGGAAUAAUGAUAGUUCUUGUCAUAUGGCUUGGAGGUUUAGGCCAAAGGAGGGGAAGGCUGCUGCAUUUUAUAAAGAUUAUAGGAGUUUUUCAAUAGUGAGAUUAGAAAAUUGUACACUUAGUGUUGUCAGCAUUGGGGAUUAUCAUUCAGGUGGGAAUGCCAGGAAGAGAAAGAGAAAGGGAAAGGACAAGGACAAGGAAGGAUUUGAGAAGGUGCCGGCAAAGAUAGAGAGAAAUCCUAUUGCACUGCCGGAGGUUGGAGAAACUGUGAAUGAUGCACUUCCGGUGGUGGAAUCAGAGGUUAGUUUCAGUCAGGGAAAGUAUUUGCUUUAUUCUGGUGGUGGGGAUAGGUGCAAGAGCAUGCAUCAAUAUUUAUGGAGUUUCAUGUGUAUGUUGGGUGAAGCAGAGUAUUUAAACCGAACUUUGGUUAUGGAUCUGAGUGUCUGUUUGUCUAAAAUCUAUACUUCACCUGGUAGUGAUGAGGAAGGUAAAGAUUUCAGGUUUUACUUUGACUUUGAGCACUUGAAGGAUUCAGCCGCAGUGCUGGAUCAAACUCAAUUCUGGUCGGACUGGAGCCAGUGGCAACAGAAAGAUGGAUUGAGUCUCCAUCUUGUAGAGGAUGUUAGGGUCACGCCAAUGAAGCUAGCUGGAGUGAAGGAUACUUUGAUUAUGAGGAAGUUUGGCUCUGUGGAGCCUGAUAAUUAUUGGUACAGAGUGUGUGAAGGCGAGACAGAAUCUGUUAUUCAACGACCGUGGCACAUGAUAUGGAAAUCCAGGCGGUUGUUAGAUGUGGCAUCUGCAAUUGCAUCGAGAAUGAAUUGGGAUUUUGAUGCCGUUCAUGUUGAGAGAGGGGAGAAAGCAAGGAACAAGGAGCUAUGGCCUAACCUUGACAGAGAUACAUCACCAGAAGCUCUUCUGGAGACUUUGCAAGACAAAGUUGAAGAUGGGAGGAACCUGUAUGUUGCAACAAAUGAGCCAGACACGUCCUUCUUUGACCCUUUAAAAGAUAAAUACUCUACACAUUUUCUUGACGAAUAUAAAGACCUUUGGGAUCAGAACAGCGAUUGGUAUGCAGAGAUGACAAAACUCAAUAAUGGAAAUCCAGUUGAAUUCGAUGGUUACAUGAGGAUCUCUGUUGAUACAGAAGUGUUCUUGAGGGGGAAAAAGCAGAUUCAGACUUUUAAUGAUCUCACUAAAGAUUGCAAGGACGGUGUUAAUACGUGCACGCCUACCAGCUAA